ACGCGUUGUUAUGGAGCUGCUGGAGUUUAAAUCACAAAAUAAUCUGAAACUCUCGCCGCUUGAAUCGUCCCCAUUAGUUAGAUAAAACCUUAUUUUAACGUGGUUUAAAAGAAAAUGUCAGUAACUGACCGGCUGGACGUUUUACGGGAGCGUAACAAAGAUUUACUGAACCAGCUGAAGCAGCGGAGAGAGACACUGGAGCGGCUGAGCGGCUGCAGUCAGGGCCGCAAGAGGGAGAGAGAGGCCGAGGAAGAGGAGAGCCUGACCGAGGGAGACCGCGGUCCUGCCAGGGCAGCCGUCUCCAGACCUACCGUGAGAUUUUGGGACACAUGUGAGGGACAAACGGGCAUCCAGCACAGAGGAGGGACUGCUGAACAUACCACACCAUCACACCUUUUCAAAGACAACAACCGACAUGCAGGAGUCCACAUCAGGAUGCAGGGUACGAGGCCAGCCAGCUCCAAGUCCUGUCUAGUAAAUCACAGCAAAAAACAGAGGGAGGCACAUAGUCGGGUCACAUUUGAGUCAGAUGAAUUCAGUGAGACACCUGCCUCAGACAGGCACCACUUGCAGCCUUUACUUGGGUAUGACUGGAUAGCAGGAGUCUUGGAUGCUGAGGACUCCUUGAUUGAGCGCUCUGACGAGUUCUUCAACGACCUGCGCACGUUUCGUUCGCUCAAUAAAGACGAGUGUGUCCACGGCACACAGGCGGGAUUUUCUGAGGAGAACCCUUCAGUCCUGUCACUGCUAACAGACAAGGACAGUCUGGAGGCUAACACAGAUACUCAUCAAUGUACAUUCUCUUACAGGAUUAACAGCAGACUGUUCCCCGUCCCACUUCACUUUCAAGAGUGCUGCCCGGUGUGCAAAAAGCAUAAAUCCACCCACUCUCACACUGUGGCUGACCCAGCUCUCAUCAGGGUCAGCAUCCCUCGCUCCGCCCUCUUGCCACCUUACAAAUACAAAGCUCAUCGCCGAUGCAGUUUUGACCCCUCUGAUAGUUUGGGAUUACCUUCGCACUGUCUCUCAGGAUGGUCAAAUAAAGGUCAGAGCACGCUGCCGCCACCCAGCAGCCUCGAUCUGCGGAGCAGUCUGGAUACAAAGAACUCCAGCGGGUCACAGAACGAGGACCUGGAGGAUCUCUCUGCGCCCAAAGUGUCCGGGAACCAGAUCUCUGACCAGCUCUCAGAUGUGUCCCGCUUGGCUCGUCACAACUUCGAGCACUUCUCUCCCAAAAGAAAACUACCCUUUGCACUGGUUUAGUAGUUCCUGUGAGAUGUCUGAAACCCCCAAACACAAUUUCCUUUUUUAAUGCUCAUGUUUCAAGUAUCUGUAUUGUAUUUUUAGUAAAUGUGUUCUUUCACUAUUAUGAUAUUAUGAUCUAAAUAGAGAAUGCAUUAUCUUGAAAUAGAUGAAUGAGAUAAUUGUUUUCAAGAAUGUAAUAAGUUGAUAUGAAACAUGUUAUAUUGUUUUCUGUCUAUCAUUUAAACAUAAUGUGAUUAAAAACAUGCUAGCUUAAUGAAAUGGGAAUCAUUUACUGACAGAGCAGCAUAUUCCACGUUUGCAGGAGUUGCAUUUUAUGUUCUUCAUUUCUUAUCUAAAUUAAACACUUCAUGUGACUGUCUUGUGGCCUUGUGGACAUGAAGCAAGAGAUCAUGACGUUACGCCACAGUGGAAAGGGAAGAUCUCUAACACAUGCAGACUGUUUUAGGAUCCCAUAGCAAAAGUUACAUUUGAGUUUGCCUCGACAAUUUCGCAACACGAAGGAAGUUUUGAAUAAUGUGUUGCUCGGGCACCAGUUUGUUUCCCUUUCCAGUUGUUUGCUUUGGCUCCCAGGUUUACACAUACUUCUGUUUUUGACUUCCUUUGACACUUCCUUACUAUGAGGCUGAACACGCUGUAAAAAGGCUGAGGCCACUGUACAUUAGAAAGGUUCACAGGAAACCACAACCACCUAUAUUUAAUGUCAAAUACUGUAGCAGUCCCACCUAUGACACAAAGUUAGAGUGUACUAUGUAAAUGUAAAUGUACCAGGGCUUUUUAAAUGAAAUCAACAAAAAUUACCAAUCAAAUGAAGUUAGUUGUGAUUCAAGUUCAACAGGAAUACAUCUAUGUGUUGUUGUUUUUUUGAGUUCUUUUUGUUUGUUGAAGCUGCAAUACUUUGAUGUUUUGUACCUUCUCGUUCAAAGCAAAGCGUUUAACUGGCAAGCAGACCGUUGAUCUUUAUCUUAGAACUGGGAAGCCAUGACACAAGAGUAAGAGUGAAGCUUUGUGUAAGAUGAGGCUUUGAGAUAGCUCAUUUGAUUUUUCACCACAAACUGUUGUUAAGUGGAAAAAAUGCUUUGGAAGCACAUUCUAUCAUCAUAUCUUCCUUUUCUUCUUCAGUCCUCUACGUGUUUUCAAUCGCUGCUCAUUUUCAUUGGACAACUUGCAAUGAAAAGUUGACCUACAACAUCCUACCGAGAGGGCUUUGUCAGUAAACUAAUCCAACACUCAGCACCCUGAAGUCAGUGAUGUUUUUUUUUUCAGACAGACCAUUUUUUGAGGUAUUUAUCGAAGGGAAAUAAACCAUUUCAAAUGGGUGAUUUACUUCACUGUCUUCUGAUAAAGACUGUGACCUCCUUCCAAUCACAAAGGCCAGUUUAAUGUAGUGUUCCAACUUCAGGAAGACACAGGUUUCUAUUUUACACAGUAUGGAAAAAACAGGAUUUGAAACUUGCUUGACACCAAAAAGACAUCAGUGCAAACAUCAGGCCUGCAUUUCAGAUGUACGUUGUAAUUGUUUGGUAAUUGCAGUCGAAAAACAGACUGAUUAUGAAAAGCUGCACUACAUUACCACGCAAUAAGAAUGAAAGGAAGUAACUUAAGCAAAAAUUCAACCAGACAGCAUAUUCAUACCUGCCUGAAGCGGGUUUCAAGUCUGUCGUUUUCAAAUCUUUGUUCUGCUUUCGGAACUAACUCAGCAAUAAAGUACAGUAUCCAAGAUCAGUGCAGUUGGCCAAACGUGGGGAAAAUGCAGCUUUGGUGCUUUAAACAUUAAAUUAAAAUUGCCUUAGAAUUACAUGAUAAGUGAUUUUUGAGAAAACAAAACAAUACCACAAUGGGUGACGGAGCUGUUUCUGCUGUACCAGAGAUAUGCUGAGGAUGUGGGAGGGGAAACUUUAUGGUGAAAUGUCAAACUUCUCACACAGGAACAAACUAAACACAGUGGCAUUCAUCUGGGCAAGACAUCGGUGUCUACAGUACUGCUACUAGUCAGUAGUAUACUGUAGGUAGAAUACAAUUGUGGUACAGAAAUGUACAUGUAAAACAUCUGAAUCACUGGUAAAUUUUUGGGUAAAUAACACAAAAAGGGGAAUUGACCUGAGGGAAGGUUCCGACUAUGUCUAGUCGUAAAGAUUUUCUUAAGAUG